AUGCAAAAUAUUUGCGUUAACUGUGAAAUCUUCAUGUUAUUCGUACUUUCUGUUUUCGUCAUAUCAACUUAUGAACAAUAUAUCAUUGAAGUGUGGGAGCCGAGACCAGGUGGGUUUCAAGCUGUGUUGCAGUGCGAUGCAACAGGUGCGGAUUUUGGGGGUGAAAUUCCAGUAUUAAGUUUCAGUGCUAAUGAGACCGGUUGUGCAUAUUUUACAACUCCCGAAGAUUCUUGUCAGGAUACUUUUAACAAUCGAACCGGAUGUAUCAAUUAUUACGCAGUGGUACCUCGUGGUAAUUGUAGCUUUUCAGAAAAGGCAUAUCAUGCACAAAGAGGAUAUCCGGAUCCAUACAAUGCGCUGAUUAUAUUUAACGAUGAUGGCCAUUCACCGGUACCAAUGGCUGGCAGCAAAUAUGCAGAUCGAGUGGUGAUUCCAGUCGUAAUGGUAAGCCAUGCAUGCAUGACAAAUUUGAUGGAUCGUUUUUCGGCUGAGAAAGGAUAUGUAGUGGCGAUACGCGCUAUUCCCGGAUAUUAUGACCUUGUCAAAUACCUUAUCCCUUUGAUCGCCGUCGUUGCAUUUUGUUUCGUUGUUCUUUGCAUAUCAUUGGCAGUACGAGUAUGUCGCGAACGUCGGCAUUUAGCAAAGAAGAGAUUAUCAAAGCGAAAUCUGAAGAAGUUACCAGUCAAAAGGUUUAGAAAAGGUGAUGCAGAGGAAUCAUGCGCAAUAUGCAUUGAUGACUUUCUCGAUGGUGAAAAGUUACGUGUUUUGCCAUGUAAUCAUGCUUACCAUUGUAAAUGCAUCGAUCCUUGGCUGACAAAAGUUCGAAAAGUUUGUCCUAUAUGCAAACGGAAAGUUUUGUCGUCGGGAGAAUCUGAUUCAUCAGACUCUGAUGAUGGACGUGACUCUACAUUAGCAUCUGGUUCUACAACGGUUUAUCGUGAAAAUGCUCCAUUGCUUCGUAAUGCUGAAGCGUUCGCAUCUGGAAGUCCCUCAGUACCCACUGAGAGAACUCAGAGAAUGCAAAGAAACAUGCAAGGUGGACAUAGGCCACCUCUACGUGUGAUUGUAACAUCUCCUGGUAAUACUCCUUUACCAGCACCUGAAACGGGUUAUGUAACUAUCGCUGGUGGUGAAAUUCGUGAAAAUGGUGGUACCAAUCUAAUAUCAAGUCGAAUUGAAGCAGUUUCCGAAACUUUACGCCGAACAUUACGUCCAUACUAUCAGCAAAUUGUCAGUAGAUCGAUACGUGUUCCAUGGCGAAGUGCUACGAGAGAGUCGGAAUGCGCAUCUGGGCCGAGCGUACAAAGACCUUUUGUGGUUGACAAUAAUGCGUUUGAUGAAGGCAAUGAAAUAUUUAAUAUAGCAGAAGGCUCUUCUGUUACUGAUCGACGUGAUCCUGAAGCUGUAGGUACUUUUCCUUCGGAAGAUGUUGCUGAAAAUGAAAGAAAUCGCUGUCUAACGGCGACCUCUAGCAGACCAACUUGUACCGAUUCUGAAUUAGAGGUCGAUAAUCACCAAAAUGCCACUGAUAAUCAACAAAAUGUCGUAAGUGAAGAAUUUUGUACUAAUGAACCUAUUGCAAAUGUGUCAAUAUGUGUCAGACACGGUGCAACUCCAGUGCCUGCUAAUUUAAUUUCAACUGUUAAUGGCUCGACAGAACAUGAUAUGAGUGUUAGCGAGCAAGCUUUAAUGGGCGAAUUUGAAGAUGCAAACAGUGUUCAGCAAGAGCAUGAUUAA